AUGGAACACUCCAACUCCUCCGCUAGCCCGGUCAGCCCGGGCGCAAAUACCAGCGGCGUGUACGAGGGUGUCCAGCUCAAGGGCGACAUGCUCGACUUUGCCGAUUUCGCUCUCGACACCGACCACCGCAAACGCAGGCGUAAUCGGACCACUCAAUCGUGCUUGAAUUGCCACACGUCGAAGCGCAAGUGUGACCGCAAGCGCCCAUGCUCCCGCUGCAUCCAACUUGGCCUCACCGGUCUCUGUGUAUACGAAGUCGACGAUCCUGCGGCGCGUGACGACCCGAACGUCGACGAAACUACGCGUCUGCGCUCGCGUAUUGCCGAACUCGAGUCUCUCGUACGCGAACUCCGUGGAAAGCCGCAUCCUCGCUGGGCAGACGCCGCGUUUGCGGGCGGCGACGACGCUCAAGAUAAAUGGCACAGCCGUGCGAGCAAGCGCCCAGCUCAGAGUCUGCAGCUUCGGCGGCACCGGCCCGACCUCGCACUCGGCAGCAUGCCUGACUUCGCGGGCGCGGCGCCGCACCAGCAUAGCCCGAGCGUCAAGAGCGAGCCCGGCCCGGAUGUCCCGCAGGCAUUCCCUUACCGCUUCUCGCCUUCGCCCGACAGCUUCUCGACGAACUCGCAGUUCAACUAUUCGCCUUAUUCCCAGUACCCGCCUCAAGGCCAGAACGCCGUCCACCGCCAUGACCGCUUCUGCCCUUGCCUCACAAAUCCCGGCGCUGCUCAGUCGCUCAUCGUGCUCCAGCAUCAACUCCGUCAGGCGCUUCAGCAGUUGAUCCAGUUCCCUGAGCAUGCUCAAGGCGGCGCCCAGGCCUGUGCUAUCACUCGCCGCGUCAAGGAACUUAAUGACCUGCUACACUCAUACGUAGCGAAUAGGGGUGGUGACCCGUCUGCAUACUCCCAGCAGCCGCAACAGCCGCAACCGCAUAUGCAGCAUCCUCAACAGCAGGUUCAGCAGCAGCAGCAGCCCAUCCAACAGCACUACCAUACCGUGCCCUCGCAGCAGCACCAUGCGCCGCCGCCGAAUCAAUAUCGCCCGCUCCGUCCCAUUCACUCCAGCGCCGAAAGUGCUCCAAUCAGCGAUGCGACGAUGCACUCGUGGGAUGCCGGAUACAACCCCUACUUCCCACCAAUUCCGGCGCACGAGAACAAGGAGUACGGUCACAUCCAGGGCACGAUCGGACAUGGCGCCCAUGUCGGUGCAGGUGGCCACGGCGCGCACAUGUAA